UAAUGCAUUGCGUUCCCGAGUCUGAACUCUCGCUGUUUGCUAGGGCAUCUUUGAACUGGAGGCUCUUGGGCACCAUCCACGUGUGGCGUAACUGAGGCGUGUUGGGAGUAAGACAAAGGUCCGAUUUUGGACAGAUUUUGUUGGCGUUAUCACGUUUUUAGUCUGGGAUCUGACUCAAAAUCAGAAUGACGAGUGAAGACGUGGAGCGGCUAUUGAUCCAGUUUCAGGAUGAGGAUGGAGAGGUCCUGGGCUCGCCUUUCGACGUCCCAUUAGACAUCACCCCUGACAAACUGCAGCUGGUCUGCAAUGCACUGCUGCAGAAGGAAGACCCUGUGCCGCUGGCCUUUUUUGUGCGUGGAGAGGCCGAGGUGGUGUCCGAUCUGGGCUCGUGUGUGAAGGCACUGGGUGUUGAGACGGAGCAAGUGCUGCCGGUGGUCUACCAGCCCCAGGCUGUGUUCAGGGUCCGGGCCGUGGCCCGCUGUACCAGUUCACUGCAAGGUCACACGGAGGCUGUAAUCUCAACCGCUUUCAGCCCCACUGGCAAGUAUUUGGCCAGCGGUUCUGGUGACACCACAGUGCGUUUCUGGGACUUGGCCACUGAAACACCUCACCAUACUGCCAGAGGCCAUACCCACUGGGUCCUGAGCAUUGCUUGGUCACCUGAUGGCAAAAAAUUGGCUUCAGGAUGCAAGAACAGUCAGAUCUGUCUGUGGGAUCCAGUCAACGGGCAAAAGAUAGGGAAGACUCUGGCUGGGCACACCAAGUGGAUCACCUGGCUCUGCUGGGAACCACUUCACCUUAAUCCAGAGUGUCGGUACUUGGCCAGUAGCUCCAAGGAUGCCUCCAUCCGUAUAUGGGACACUGUGUUGGGGCGCUGUGACAAGAUCCUGACGGGUCACACCCAUUCAGUCACCUGUGUGAAGUGGGGAGGAGAUGGACUCCUCUACAGCUCCUCUCAGGACAGGACCGUCAAAGUCUGGAGAGCCAAAGAUGGGGUCCAGUGUAGGACGCUGCAGGGUCAUGCCCACUGGGUGAACACUUUGGCUCUCAGCACAGACUACGUCCUCCGAACCGGAGCGUUUGAACCCGCCAGCGCCACAAUUAAUCCUCAGGAUGUCACCGGAUCACUGGAAGAGCUGAAGGAGAAAGCCCUGCAGAGAUACAACAAAGUUCGGGGCUCGGCGCCAGAGCGGCUGGUGUCUGGUUCAGAUGACUUCACCUUGUUUUUAUGGAAUCCGGCUGAAGACAAGAAACCGCUGGCCAGGAUGACUGGCCACAGCGCCCUGGUCAACGAAGUGCUCUUCUCCCCAGACACCCGACUCGUCGCCUCCGCCUCCUUCGACAAGUCCAUCAAGAUCUGGGACGGACGCACAGGAAAGUACUUGACCUCCCUGCGAGGCCACGUGGCGGCAGUGUACCAAGUGGCUUGGUCAGCAGACAGCCGGCUGCUGGUUAGUGGCAGCAGCGACAGCACGCUGAAGGUGUGGGACAUAAAGACGGGCAAGCUUAACAUGGACCUACCUGGCCACGCUGACGAGGUUUUUGCUGUGGACUGGAGUCCUGAUGGACAACGGGUGGCCAGCGGAGGAAAAGACAAGUGUCUAAGAAUCUGGAGGAGGUAGUCGAGCUGCUGUUGGCCGGGUGUUGCCCAGCAGCCAGCAUCACCUCUACCUGAACCCUUCUGCCGUCAGACAUCCGGACGUCUGGACCUACGCGCUGGAAUCCCCCACUGAGCUUCUAAUCCACAGCGGCUUUGUGUAGUGUGCUGCCAGCUGUGACAUGAACAUCCAAACACAUGCCAGUCCUUCAGGUCUCGAGCCCAUCAAGAAUGAUAAAAGAUUAAAGAUCAGUCAGGUUCAUCAUAAUGGUGGAAAUCUAGCCAAUCACCACCGCUCACCUUUAUGCUUCACAGUGAUGAGAACAUGUGAUCAAUGAAACGGUGACGUUGUUCAGUUCAAUUCAAUUUAUUGUCAUUAAAAACAACGUGCAGGCGCAUGUUAAAAAUGAAAUGAGGGCUGUGGCUUCACCAAACAGUGCGACACAGACACACACAGUAUAAGAUAUACACACCUUUAAAGUGCACCGAAACCAUGUGACUUAACACUCAAGGUGCCACCAUUUGAACAGGGGCAGUAGUGGAUCUAGAGAUUUUUUUCCUGGGGUGGCAAAGGGGUGGCAAGACUGUGUCCCAGAGGUGGCAGCUGCCACCCCUUGCCACCCUGUAGAUCCGCCCCUGUGAGGGGGAGGGGGGAUUCUAAAUCGGCGACUUCUGUUUGAGAUGAGUUUGGUGCGGGUCUCAUUGACCUUCACCAUGCAUGUACAUAAAAUAUACUUUAAAAACAUAUUAUCUGAUUU